AGUCCGCAAGUAUUCCACUUUUGUUUAUGAGUUUGUCCAAUCUAUUGUUGAAUAAUCGUUGAAAAAUCGUUUGAUAACAUUAGCUUUUAUUUCCUGCCCAAGACUGCUUUCCCCUGCAAGUGCUACUAUGAUCUGAUGACCUGAAUACUGAAACUCUGUCUGACCAUCUUGACUUGUGAAGUGACUUACCUUCGUCUGCUGCCACCAAAGCUGCAAGAGAAAUACUCAGUUUCGCUCGCUGUUUGGCAACGAGUGACUGUGAUGAAGGGUCAGACGGUAAGGCUUGCCUGCUCCAUUUCAAACGCACAUAAGCAACACAUUGACUGGAAGAACCCUGAUGGCUACUCUAUGUUCUUCAAUCCCAACAAGGCUUUAAAGGACAAGCGUUACAGCAUAAGCAAACUGACGGAGUCGCAAUUCGCCAUCAGUAUUUCCAAUGUCUCUUUUAAAGACGGGGGAAACUACACAUGCUCUCAGUAUGGCCAUCAUAUAACGGAAAAGAAAGUGGAAUUGACAGUGUUAGGUGUUCCAAAAAUGAGAGUGACAAAGCAUGACGGGAUGUUUGUCAUACAGUGUACUGCUGAGGGGAACCAUUUUCCUCCUCAGAUCUCUUGGAAGUUUGAUUACGGACCUGAAUUUUUGGGUAAUGCCCAAGCUAAAUACAAGGGUAAAAAGUAUGUUUCUAUGGAUAUGGUACAUUUGCAGUCAGUAAAUACCAGAGUUGCAGUGAAAUGCAUUGUUCGCCAUCCAUGUCUGCAUUUACAACCCCUGAUGAACUUUGUCAAAAUUGGCAAAUACUUACCAGGUUCAACUACUACAAAAAAUCUAUUUAUAUGGAAUACAACAAGCACACCGGGUACCGUAGUCACUGUUUGUAAAGAUCAAAAUACAUCGUCCUCUGAGGGAGCCUAUAACAACACAAGUGGAAAUACAACAAUCAUGUCCAAUGACCCAGAUACGCAAACAGGACAUAGACAAACUUCACCAUUACUGGUCUUCUUGGUGGCAUGCCUAAUUCUUGGUCUGCUUGCAGUGGUCAUUUGUUUUGUCCUGAAGCUACGAAGAGCACAUGUCACCUGGGAAAAAGAAAAUGAAAUAUCUGACCCUUCAGAAGAGAGCGGUAAAUCAAAAUCAAGUCAAGAAGAAAAAGUAUCCAGGGGUCACAAUCGACGAGGGCUCUUCAGGACAGCUUUUACACAAUAUUCUGUUGAAAAAGCCACCAUAACUUCAAAAGGACCAGUCAUUGAGAUGGCAGUUGAGAGAGAGGAGGCGUCUUCAUCAUCAAAACCCACUUCGGCCAAAUGUGACAUGCAGGACACAGAGCUUUCACCAUGACGUGCACAGUCACCAUCCUCAGAAUCAGGACCAGUCAAAUUAUACAUUAGUUUAGCUGUAAUUAUUGGCAGAUUGCAAGUACAUUAAAAGUUAGUAUUGUUGUAGUAUCUUUAUGUUUAGCAGACACACUGUGGGUUUAUACUAUAAAUACAUACUGGCAAAGGAAAGGGUCCAGUAUUUACUGUGACCCACCCACACAGUGUCACUGUUCAAAAAAGCAUAUUAAAUAUACUUGUUAAAUAAAAUCUGCUUUGUUUUUAAUGAAUACGUAGGCCCACUACGCUGUCAUAUUCAGAUGGUGGUACUUAAAGAGUCAAGUGUUUUUUGAAGUGGUACUUGGUGAACAUGUUUGAGAACCACUGCUCUAAUGUAUAGAAACUGAACAAGUCUGCUUAAAAGUUGACAAUAGGACUGUCCUAUCAAGUUAAUUUUCAAUGAAUUAUUGACUUAUUUUGAUCACCUUUAACAGCAUUUAUGUAUACAGUAGAAAUUCCAAUAAAAUGUGAAU